CCAUGGUUAGGUCCAUCUAAAGCAAAAGCUCAAAGAAUCUUACAGCUAUUACGAACCCCAUUAGUCCGUCCUCUUCCUGCUCUUCUCUCCACUCUGAGGUCUGAGCACACCAACCACGAACCCAAGCAGAGAUGGGUUCGAGAGAGGAAUAGAGAGAUUCCUUGAACAAGAAAAAAGAGAGAUCAAUGGAGGUGGUGAGUGCUUCACACGGCGUCUUGGGUCCCCUGCUGGGGAAGCUCACCGGUUUGCUCGCCGGUGAGUGUGCCCGUCUGAAAGGCGUCCGCCGCGAGAUCCGGUCGCUCAAGUCCGAGCUGACUGGUAUGCAUGCAGCGGUCCACAAGUACAUGACGCUGCAAGAUCCCGAUGUCCAGGUGAAAGUGUGGAUAUCGAUGCUCAGGGAGCUGACCUAUGACAUCGAGGAUGUCAUCGACAAGUUCAUCCACCAGCUCGGUACUGACGGCCACCAGCACGGUCGCUUCAAGGACUUCUUCCGCAAGACUGCUCGCCAGCUCAAGACCCUGGGCUCCCGCCGUGGAAUCGCCAGCCAAAUCAACGAUCUGAAGAUCCGUCUCAAGGAGGUAAAAGAUUUGAAGAGUAGUUACAAGCUGGAUGAAAUUUCCUGUGGCACCAUUGAACAUUCAGCUGUGGAUCCCCGCUUGUCUGCUCUUUUUGUUGAGGAAGCACACCUUGUGGGAAUCGAUGGUCCAAGGGAUGAUCUUGCCAAUUGGAUGUUGCAAGAUGAAAAUGGCUCGACCAAGCAUCGCAAGGUGUUGUCCAUUGUUGGAUUCGGUGGAUUGGGAAAGACAACACUGGCAAGGGAGGUCUACCGCAAGAUCCAAGGGCAUUUUCAUUGUCAGGCUUUUGUCUCGGUCUCACAAAAGCCUAAUGUAAAGAAAAUUAUGAAGGAUUUGAUCUCCCAGCUGCCUUGCAAGAAAGAUUUUACCGAAGGUAUCGAUACUUGGGAUGAAACGAUAUGUAUUGCGAAGCUAAAAAAGCUGUUACAAGAUAAAAGGUAUCUCAUUGUUAUUGAUGAUAUAUGGUCCAUAUCAGCAUGGGACGCUAUUAAGUAUGCUUUCCCGGAGAAUGGAUUUUCCAACAGGAUUAUAGCUACCACACGAGUUGUUGACGUAGCAAAAUCAUGUUCUCAUGGUGGCAAUGGCCGCAUGUAUGAAAUGGAAGCCCUAAAUGAUCUCCACUCCAAACGAUUGUUCUUCAAAAGAAUAUUUGGUUCUGAGGACUGCUGCCCUGAUAUGCUAAAACAAGUUUCGAAUAAAAUAUUGAAGAAAUGUGGAGGCCUCCCACUGGCAAUUAUCAGUAUAGCAAGUUUAUUGGCAAACAAACCGGUGGUCAAAGAUGAGUGGGAGAGGGUCAGAAGGUCUAUUGGUUCUGCAUUGGACAAAAACCGAAGCUUAGAUGGAAUGAAUAACAUAUUAUCCCUUAGUUACAAUGAUCUUUCACCCAAUCUCAAGACCUGCUUGUUAUAUUUAUCUAUAUAUCCUGAGGAUUAUGUGAUUGAGAGAGAUAUUUUAGUGAGCCGAUGGAUAGUCGAAGGCUUUAUCUCCGAAGAGCGCGGACAAAGCAAGCAAGAGGUUGCCGAGAACCACUUCUAUGAGCUAAUAAACAAAAGUAUGGUCCAACCGGUUGAAAUUGGCUAUGAUGGAAAGGCUCGUGCUUGUCAAGUCCAUGACAUGAUGCUCGAGCUCAUUAUUUCAAAAUCACUUGAAGAUAAUUUCAUCUCUUUGGCAUGCCAUGGUCAAACUGAUUUGGCAAAGGGUGAUGGUCUUAUUCGGCGACUAUCAGUCCAGCACAUUGACCAAGAGGUUGCAUCUAUAUUGGCAAAUGAAGAUCUAAGCCAUGUACGAUCUUUGACAGUGAUAACAUCAAGUUGCAUCAAACAUUUGCCUAGGCUUGUUGGGUUUGAAGCUUUGCGCGUACUAGAAUUUAAAAAUUGUGAGAGUCUGCACAGGUAUGAUAUGAAUGGUAUAGAUAAACUAUUUCAACUGAAGUUCCUGAGCUUCAGGGGCACUCCGAUGUCGAAGCUACCAUCAGGAGUUGUGAGGCUAUAUGGUCUGGAGACGCUAGACCUUAGAAAUACACAUAUAAAAGAAUUACCCAAUGGAAUUAUUCAACUUGUUAAGCUACAACAUCUACUGAUUGCAUAUUAUUUCGGUCGUACUAGUACUCCUUAUGGUGAAACGAAGAUACCAAAUGGGAUUGGAAAUAUGAGGAAUUUACAGGCGAUCUCGGGCUUUAAUAUAAUCAAGAGUUCAUUAUGUGCAGUCGAGGAACUGGGAAACCUGACCAGUUUGAAAGUCCUCCAUCUAGAGUUUAGCAUUGGAGGAUCUCAGGAAUACAAGAGGCAUGAAGAGAUGUUACUCUCCUCACUGUGCAAGCUUGGCACAUGCAAACUUCAGUCUUUAUGGAUACACUCUGUUUAUUCGACACCCAUCCAGUUCUUAGAUUCCUGGUCCCCUCUGCCAUAUAACCUCCAAAUGUUUCGGAUGACCACUAACUACUAUUUUCCAAAGAUGCCAAAGUGGAUCGUACCAACACUCAGCAGUCUUGCAUACCUGAACAUUAAUUUGAUUGAAGCAACAGAGGAGGAUCUGCGGAUGCUUGGAGAGAUGCCCGCCUUGCUCUGUCUGAGUAUAACAAUCAGCACUCUCCAAAAAGAAAGGCUUGCCUUACAAGGCAUUGGAUUCCCGUGUUUGAAGGAAUUCCGCCUUAUUCGUGCAAACCAUUGUGGGAGUGCAAUUUACUUGACCUUUGAAGAAGGGGCACUGCCAAAGCUGGAGAAACUGGAGCUGCCGUUCUUUGUUUCGGUGGCAGAAGAGUAUGGGUUCUACUUGGGUCUUGGCCACCUCCCAUGUCUGAGAGAUGCCCAUGUUAGUCUCUGCAAUUAUGGUGACGCAUCUUACGAAGGCAACUCUGCUGCAGCUGCCGCUAUAAGGAAGGAGGCAAAUAGCCAUCCCAAUCACCCCAGGUUAUCUAUCAGGGCUGCCGCUAUAAGGAAGGAGGCAAAUAGCCAUCCCAAGCCCUUUGGCCUUUCAGACGGGAACGCACGUGUGGAAGCUUAA